CACUCUGACAGUGCAGGAAAAUGGCAGAGGCCAAUAUUUCAGUCGAUCAAGAGGAGUUUACAUGUUCAAUCUGUUUGAAAAUUUUGAAGGAUCCUGUGACUAUCAACUGUGGACACAGUUUCUGUAUGGAGUGUAUUAACACCUACUGGAAUGCCAGUGAUCACAGAGGAAUCUACAGUUGCCCUCAAUGCAGAGAGACUUACUCUCCAAGACCUAUUCUACGCAAGAACAACAUAAUUGCUGAAGUGGUGGAGAAACUCAAGAGAACAGCUUCCUCUGUUCCCCAAUACGCUGGACCUGGAGAUGUGGCAUGUGAUUAUUGCACUGGCAGAAAACAAAAAGCUAUCAAGUCCUGUCUUAUGUGCAUGGUUUCCCUUUGCAAAACUCAUCUUAAACCUCAUCAUGAAGUUCCAGCUUUGAUAAACCACAAGUUGGUUAAAGCUUGCACAGACUUACAAGAAAGGCUCUGCAGUCGCCAUGACAAACUGUUGGAUAUCUACUGUCAAACCGACCAGACAUGUAUAUGUUAUUUGUGUAUGGUGGAUGAACACAGAGGUCAUGAUACUGCCUCAGUUUCAGCAAAAAGAACUGAAAAACAGAGUCAGGUGGAGGACAUGCUGAAGGAAUGCCAACAGAGAAUCUAUAAGAAGCAGAGGAAGGUGCAGAAGCUGCUACAGACUGUGGACAUGCUUAAGAGCGCUGCACAGGGAGCUGUGGAGGACAGUGAGAAGAUCUUCAGUGAGCUCAUCAGCUCACUGAAGAAAAAGUGCUCAGAGGUGACAGAGCGUAUCCGAGCUCAGGAGAAGGCUGAAUUGAGUCGAGCUACGCAAAUCCUGGGGAAACUGGAGCAGGAGAUUGAUAAUCUUAAAAGGAAAGAUGCUGAACUGUUGGAGCUUUCACACACAGAGGAUCAUGUCCAUUUCCUCCAGAAUUUUAAGUCUCUCUGUAUCUCUUCUGAAACUGAGGACUCCUCCAGCAUUGCUCUUAAUCAAAGUUUUGUAUUUCAUGGGGUGAAAAAAUCUCUUUCUGAAUUGAAAAGGCAAGUUGGUGACUUUGUCAAGGAACCUGUCCAGGACCAAGCGAUUUAUGAGAAAACAACCCCGAAGCAAGCUACAGUAAGGCCAACAGCUUUAGAUUCCUCCCUAGAAGUGGACCCUUUAACAAGACAGAUUUUCCGUCACCUCAAAGGAAGCACAGAAUGAUGUUAUGUUCUGCUACUUUGUUGUUUAUUGCUUGUUUGUGCAAGCUGUAAACAGGUAAACGUUUCAGCCCACACCUUCUGUAGCGUCACCCUGCCAAUCUGCUCCAGGUUCCAAUGAUAGCCCUACAGCUGAUGCAGCAGUUUAAGUUCAUGAACUUCUUGUGUGUGAUUUUUGCUCAUUGCUGUUUACUCAGCAGAAAUAAUUUUAAUAUUUUGAGAAGUUUGAUGUAAGCUUGACUUGAACAUUCACAUUAACGUUCUGCAUUUGAAGAUUGUGGGGAUUUGAUUUAAUGUCUUGAACUAGAAAAUUUACACGGGUGCACCAGUAUGGAAUCAAUUUU